AUUUCCAAAGUCCAUAACGAAGCUGCUCUCUCACUCUUCUGAACCUCCCUCGAACUCUCUUCCAAUUUUUUGUAUAUUUAUUUCAGACAAUCUCCAUAUUUUUUACCAUAAUUCUCUUACAAAUCACACACUUUAACUAACUCUUGUCCGAAAAUCAGAUGGAGAUAACUGUUUUAUCAGCUCAAGGUCUCAAGAACAUGUCUUCAGGGCCGUUCUCUAACCGUUUACGACCUUUCGUAACGAUCACAACUUACCCACAAAUCCAGUUUAAUGAUUCUGAUGAGAAGCGCCGUGUUUACACUUCAAGAAUUGAUGAUCAAGGAGGAGUAAACCCUAAUUGGGGUGAUAAAUUUUAUGUUCCUAUAGAUUCUGCUACUUUUUUUGCUAAUAAUUAUUCUUGUAUAUGUCUUGAAUUUUACUCUAAGAGGCUCAUUGCUGGAAAAGUAUUGCUGGGUUGGUGUCAGAUUCCGGUCACGGAUAUCGGGUUCUUGCCGGAUAAUUCAGCUAGGCACCUUAGUUAUCGGAUUAGGGAUAGAGAUGGUUCAAGAGGGCAAGGAAUUGUUAAUGUUGCUAUAAAAUUGUUAACUGGUUUUGAACAGGUAAAUAUUAAUAAUCAAUUGUUAAGUAAUGUGAGUGUGGAUCAUCAUCAUCAAGAAGGUUCUGAAGAUUGUCGGACGGUGAUCGGCAUCCCUAUGAAGGCGUUUUCGCAUACCGGUUUUUGAUAAUGACGGCAUUAUAGUUGGAAAUUAUAACAUUGUAUUGUGCAAUAUUGUCACUUGAAUUGGUCAGAAAAUUGUGAUUAAAAUAGACCAAUUGUUAAUGCU